AUGGCUCCUGUUGCCAUCGACCCCCGCAUCGUAGAUGUUGCAGUGCCAAAGAAAGACACUCUCGGCCUUCCUGAAUCUGCACGAACUCGCCUGGAAAAGGCGGGCAUCGACCUGAGCGAUGGUUAUCCUUAUAGGCCUUCGCGCCCUCUUUACCUCGACGAUGUCUACAAUAUCAGAAACGAGGAUCGCCCCCAUGUAGAUCCAGGCACUCGUGCUGAUCCCGAAAAGAAAGCACUUCUCUCUGCUGCAAAAGAAGUCAUUCAUCUCACCCGGCAUAUUGGCACGGAGAUCGUCGGUCUUCAACUCAAAGACCUUACAGAUCAGCAAAAGGAUGAGCUUGGUCUGCUCAUCGCAGAGCGAAGCGUUGUCUUCUUCCGGGAUCAGGAUAUUUCCCCACAGCAACAGAAAUCUCUUGGGGAGUAUUUUGGGGAGGUUGAAGUUCAUCCACAAGUACCACAAGUGCCCGGUUUGCCUGGAGUGAGUGUAAUUUGGCCUGCACUCCAAGCAACCGAAAACCCAGCUAGCUUCCGCCGGCCAGGGGGAGCAUCCCGAUGGCAUAGCGAUCUCGUUCACGAGAAGCAGCCUGCUGGAGUCACACAUCUGCACAAUGAUACCGUCCCGACAGUCGGAGGAGAUACACUUUGGGCAAGUGGUUAUGCUGCAUAUGAGAAGCUCUCACCAUCCUUCCGCAAGAUUAUUGAUGGCAGGACCGCCAUCUAUCGUUCUGCUCAUCCUUAUCUCGAUCGCGAGAAUCCCGAAGCCGGACCGAAAUAUGUUGAGCGCGAACAUCCAAUUGUACGGGUCCAUCCAGCUACAGGAUGGAAGGCACUAUGGGUGAAUCGAGCCAUGACAAGCCGAAUUGUUGGUCUGGACAAGGCAGAGAGUGAUCUGAUCUUGGGAUACCUGUACGAUGUCUAUGAGGAAAAUCCUGACAUCCAAGUCCGGUUCAAGUGGAGCCCAAGGACUAGUGCACUGUGGGAUAACAGAAUCACAAUUCAUAACGCAAGCUGGGAUUAUGAGGGUUCGCAGCCUAGGCAUGGAACUCGAGUGACUUCUUUGGCAGAGAAACCUUUCUUUGACGCAAAUGCGCCGACUAGACGUCAGGCAUUGGGGUUGCUGGGACCGGAGGAGAUUGAGGAGCUUCGAAAGUUUAGCCAGCUGGAGUUGUGA